UCCCCACAAUCCUCCCCGUUCAUCCCUCUGUUAUCUACCAAACGAAUAAUCAUGCCGAAAAUCGCAGAAAUCGAGUAUUUUCGUGUACCGCCACGCUGGCUUUAUGUUAAGGUCACCGACGUCGAGGGCAACUACGGAUGGGGUGAGGCCUCGCUCGAGGGUCACUCGGAGGCUGUUGAGGGUGCUCUCGACGAGUUCAAAGACCGUUUUAUCGGCUGGGAGGCAAACAACAUCGAAAACAUCUGGACAAGUGUCUGGCGCCUAGGCUUUUACCGAGGAGGCCCCGUCCUGCAAUCUGCUUUAUCCGGUCUCGACAUUGCGCUGUGGGAUCUCAAAGCUCGCAGACUGAAUGUUCCAAUCUAUGAGCUCUUGGGCGGCAAGGUUCGCAACAAGAUCAAGGUCUAUGCUUGGAUCGGAGGAGAUAGACCUGACGACGUCAGAUCUCAGGCGCAAGGCCGUCUUGAUCAGGGCUUCAAAGCCGUCAAAAUGAAUGCGACCGCAGACAUCGGCUGGCUCGAUACCCCAUCCUCACUCGACUCCGCGGCCGACCGACUGGCUACCGUCAAAUCACUAGGCAUGGACGCUGGAGUUGACUUCCACGGCCGCAUCCAUAAACCCAUGGCUAAGCAGCUAGCAAAACUUCUCGAACCGCACCGCCCGAUGUUUAUCGAAGAACCGCUGUUGUCCGAGAAUCACGAAGGCGUGUCCGAGAUCGCCGGCCAGACAUCGAUUCCGAUCGCUCUUGGCGAGCGUUUAUACUCGCGCUGGGACGUCAAGAAGUUUCUCAACCCCGUAUCGAUUGAUAUUCUCCAGCCUGAUAUUGCUCAUGUGGGCGGAAUCACUGAAAUCAGAAAGAUUUCAGCAAUGUGCGAAGCAUACGAUAUUGCGAUUGCCCCGCACUGCCCUCUUGGAUCGAUCGCUCUUGCAGCCUGCUUCCAGAUUGCGGCGUGCACACAAAACCAUGUCAUCCAGGAGAUGUCUAUUGGAAUUCACUACAACACCGAAGCUGGCGAGCAGGAUAUCAUCAGCUACGUGCACAACCCCGAGUUUUUCGACGUCAAGGACGGCUACGUUGUCGUCCCGGAGGGGCCGGGUCUUGGAAUAGAGGUUAACGAGGAAGCUGUUAGGGCUCUGAGCAAAAACGCAAAAGCAUGGCGAUCGGGUGGAUUUGUCAGUGCUGACGGAUCGCUGAGCGAGUGGUAAUCAGGUCAUUCUUAAUAAUAUAGCAAAAUG